AUGGUAAACAGUAAACACGACAAGCUCAUUGAUCUUGUCGUGUACCGGGUCACAGAGAAUCAGUCUAUAACUGUGCUCCUAGGAGCCCAUAACAAAACAGCUAAAGAAGACACAUGGCAGAAGAUUGAGGUUGAAAAGCAAUUCCCUCAUCCAAAAUAUGAUGACGAUUCAGUUGUCCAUGACAUCAUGUUACUGAAGUUGAAGGAGAAAGCCAAGCUAACCCUAGCAGUGGGAACCCUCCCACUCCCAGCCAAGUUCAACUUCAUCCCACCCGGGAGAGUGUGCCGGGCAGUUGGCUGGGGCAAAACCAACGUGAAUGAACCAACCUCCGACACACUGCAGGAGGUGAAGAUGAGACUCCUGGAGGCUGAAGGCUGCAAACACUUCACCAAUUUUUGCCACAACUCCCAGCUGUGUGUAGGCAAUCCCAAGAAGAUGCAAAAUGUGUACAAGGGAGACUCUGGAGGACCCCUCCUGUGUGCUGGGAUAGCCCAGGGCAUCGCCUCCUACGUCCAUCGGAAUGCAAGGCCCCCUGCUGUCUUCACCAGAAUCUCCCAUUACCGGCCCUGGAUCAACAAGAUCCUGCGGGAGAAUUAA